GCCCCGCCCCCUGGCCCCGCCUCCGCAGCCGAUUGGGAGCUGCUUUGCUCUGGGCUGGGAGCUGCUGAGAGCCUCCCAAGUUGACUGAGGAUCCCAGCUGUUGCCAGCCUUCCGGUUGGUUGGCAGCUGGACAUUUGGGCUGCUCGCUGGGCUUGGGUAGCUGCAGAGUGGAGGGCCGUGGAGCCCUGUCCUCCGACGACGCACGAGGCAGUGGCCCUUCCUUGGGCAGGAGUUUUGAGGCAGGUGAGAUGGGAGCAUGCCAUGUCCCGUGGGCAGCUUUGGCCACAGGAAGCAGAAGACUGCAGCUGCUGGUCCUCGGGAUUACAUUACCUCGAAGCUGGUAGCAAGAUUGGGAUGGGGACAAUCCCCUCAGAGUUGGCCCUCGGGGCAGGACCAGCUGUGGCGGUUCACCCUGAGGAGGAGUUGUUUGAGUCCAGGGCUGCCCACUCUUCAGACAACUUUCAGCAGGACUUGCCAGAGGAAGAGUGGACUGGCCCCCUCCUUAUAGAGGACGAGGAGGAUGGCGGUGAAGGUGAGUGGGCGAGGACCGGGCCAACUGCAGAGGACCAGUUGGGUCCUCCAGAGGAGGAGCCAAGCAGCGUGCUCGCCAUUUGGCACCUGAAAGGAGUUCUGGGACUGCUCUGUGUGGAUCCUGGAGACUCCCCUGACCCCGGGAGGCUUUCUUCUGUGACCGAAGAGGCACGGGACGAAGCUGGGCGUGCAGCCCCUGCAGCGGGGGAGGAGGAGGAGGAGGGCUCCCAGGCCGGAAGCAGGUGCGAGCUCCCCUUGGGGGAAGAGGUGGGCAGGAUGGAACAGGAUUCCCUGCUGGGGAGCAAGGCCCACAGGGCCCCACCGCAGUCCUGUUGUAUCCAGGCCGAGGGUGCCGCAGGUGAAGAGCAGGAGUGCCCCAUCUGCACGGAGGUCUACGACCACGACCGCUGCAAGCCAGCCUUGCUCAACUGCAGCCACGUGCUCUGCGGCCGGUGCCUGCGGGCCAUCCUGGAGGCGGCCAGCUCCGCUGACAUCGGCCGUGUGCGCUGCCCCAUCUGUCGCCAGAAGACGCCUAUGAUGGAGUGGGAGAUCUGCAGGCUCCAGGAGGAGCUGCUGCUGCUGAGCUCCACCCAGGGCCCCACUGUGGUGCCUCCGGCCUUCGGCCCGCUGCCACCCCAGCAGCCGGGGUUCUGGGGGGGCCUGGAGCACCGCUUUCAGGUCCGCUUUCACACCAGCCGUGUGAUGGGCUUCUUCCCCUGCCUCCGCUACCCGGCCUGCCUGAUUGGUGGCCUGGCCCGGCUGGAGUGCCGUUGCCGCUGGGGCUACCGGGCAGCCCUGUUGGGCCUGGCUGCCGCGGAGAUGCUGAGCCUCCUGCUGGUCUUUCUGCCCAUUUUCUUGCUGCUGCUGCUGUUCCUCAUCCUGGACAAAUAGGACUGGUGCUGACGUGGCCUGGCUCGCCCGUUGCUCUGUGGAGGGGGCUGGGGCCGAGCAAGGUGGAAG